AUGCAGAGAAAGAACUUCACAGAAGUGACAGAAUUCAUCUUCCUGGGAUUCUCUAUCUUGGGAAAGCACCAGAUAAUGCUCUUUGUGGUUUUCCUUACCAUCUACAUUUUAAUUCUAACUGGUAAUGUCAUCAUGACCAUCAUCUGUGUUGACCAUCAUCUCCACACUCCCAUGUACUUCUUCCUGGGCAUGCUGGCUAGUUCUGAGACUGUGUACACACUGGUCAGUGUCCCACAAAUGCUUUCUGGUCUCCUUUUCCAUAACCAGCCCAUCUCCUUGGCAGGCUGUGCAACUCAGAUGUUCUUUUUUGUCAUCUUGGCCACUAAUAAUUGCUUCUUGCUCACAGCAAUGGGCUAUGACUGCUUUGUGGCCAUCUGCAACCCCCUGAGGUACACAGCCCUCAUGAGCAAAGGAGUGUGUGCCACGUUGGUAUGUGGGUCCUUUGGCACUGGCCUGGUUAUGGCAGUUCUCCAUGUGGCAGCCAUGUUCAGUUUGCCCUUCUGUGGCACAGUGGUGGAGCACUUCUUCUGUGACCUUUACCCAGUCAUGAAACUCUCUUGUACUGAUAUCACUAUCAAUGAGAUGAUCAAUUAUGGUGUCAGUUCAUUUGUGAUCCUGGUCCCUGUGGGCUUGAUCUUCAUUGCCUAUGUCUUCAUCAUCUCCACCAUUCUCAAGAUUGCCUCCAUUGAGGGCCGGAAGAAGGCCUUCACCACCUGCACCUCCCACCUCACGGUGGUCAUUGUCCACUACAGCUGUGCCUCCAUUGCCUACCUCAAGCCCAAGUCUGAGAACUCCAUAGAACAAGACCUUCUUCUCUCAGUGACAUAUGCUAUCAUCACUCCCUUACUGAACCCUGUUGUCUACAGCCUGAGGAACAAGGAGGUCAAGGAUGCCCUAUGCAGAGCUGUGGGCAAAAACCAUUACUCAACAGAUUGA